GCGGGCACUAGGCGGUUUCCGGUUCCGGUCGGUCUUUGUGUGUCGGCUGUUGUGCUACGUGUCUUGGACUUGGCCAGCGGACGGCGGGCAGGCAUCAUGGAUCAGGUAAUGCAGUUCGUUGAGCCAAGUCGGCAGUUUGUGAAGGACUCAAUUCGGCUGGUUAAAAGAUGCACCAAACCGGAUAGAAAAGAGUUCCAGAAGAUUGCCAUGGCAACUGCAAUAGGAUUUGCUAUAAUGGGAUUCAUUGGCUUUUUUGUGAAAUUGAUCCAUAUUCCUAUUAAUAACAUCAUUGUUGGUGGCUGAAUACCUUUUUAGAAAAGUGUUUUUCAUCUUGGGGAUUGGUGAACAAGUGAGGAUUUGAGACGCUCAUGGACUAAAAAUUUGCCUAUAUGUUUUGUGUUUUUCUUUCAUUUUUUUUCUUCCAAGAUGUUUUCUAUUUGUAAAUUAAAAUAAUUUCAAAAUAGACAAAUUUCUCUUUUUUCCAUCACAGAUAUUUGUCAAAUUUUAGUGGUAAAAAAUAAUGGGUUCUUUUCCCUUCUUCCCUUCUUUCCUUCCUUCAAUCCUUUAUAUUUUGGUUUACAGGAGAAAUUAAAGGGCACAGUGGAAUAUUGCACUUUCUGAGUACUCCUCUAUCAGAUCAGUGUUUUGCCAUCAUGGAGGAAGAAACAGCAAGUAAAGGAUGGUAGAGAUAGUGAGAGAGAGCUUGAAGUUGGGGUAGGAGUUUUGUCCCUAAACACUGAAGGUGUAAGUAGGUAGUCAGACCUAUGUACAAGUUUAUGUGCUACUUGAAAUAGCUUCCUGAAAAUCAUGGUUAAAAACUUUAAAGUGAGAGCUCCUCUUCAGGUAAACUAUAAUUUGUUAUACUGUCAUAAACAUUGGAGUUCUAAAUAUUUUAAAGAAUUUUUUUGAUAAUUAAAUGUGAGAUGAAAAGGU